AUGGCAACCAACGGUAGCAAUGGUCAUGCAACCCUUCGACCUCUCAAGGAUGGUAUCUACGCUCCAACUAUGACAUUCUUCGAUCCCGAGACGGAAGAUCUCGACAUUCCUUCCAUCAAAAAACACGCCAUCCGUCUCGCCGAAGCUGGUCUCGUUGGUUUAGUAACCAUGGGAUCCAAUGGUGAAGCUGUCCAUCUCUCCCGCGCCGAAAAGCAAGCCGUUACACGUGCAACCCGUGAAGCUCUCGAUUCUGCUGGCUUCGACCAAGUCCCAAUUAUCGUCGGAGCUACAGAAGGGUCCGUUCGCGGCACCAUCUCCCUCAUCAAAGAAUCACAAGAAGCAGGUGGAGAAUACGUUCUCCUGUUACCUCCUUCGUAUUUCCGUGGUCUUAUGGAUGAAGAAUCUGUCUACAACUAUUUCAUUCAAGUAGCUGAUGAAUCUCCUUUACCAAUUAUCCUAUACAAUUACCCAGGCGCAGUUGCCGGUAUUGAUAUGGAUUCCGAUCUCCUGAUCCGUCUCGCCAAACACCGAAACAUCAUUGGUACCAAAUUCACCUGCGGUAACACCGGAAAACUCACACGUGUUGCAUUAGCUACCAAUGCCAAGACUGCCUUCUCAGAGGGAUCUGGCUACAUGGCUUUUGGAGGCAUGUGUGAUUUCACCGCUCAAACUUUGGUCUCCGGUGGUUCCGGUAUCAUUGCUGGUGGUGCAAAUGUCAUGCCAAAGGUCUGUGUCAAAGUUUGGGAAUUGUACAGAGAGGGCAAGAGAGAUGAGGCAUUUGAGUUACAAAAGGUUUUGAGUAAGGGCGAUUGGGUUCUUACCAAGGCCGCCAUUGCGGGCACUAAGAGUGCGAUCCAGAGCUACUAUGGUUAUGGUGGAUACCCAAGAUCACCUUUGAAGAGGUUGGAUGAGAUUAAGACUAGUGCGAUCAAGGACGGUAUUGACGAGGUCAUGAAGGUCGAGUUCAGUUUAUAG